UAUACCCAUAAAGAAUGUGUGUAAAUAAAGAAGUGUGCCGGUUGAUGUCGGCCAUCAUUUAUAAUUAGUUAUGGAAACAUACGGUGAUACCCUGAACACGUUUUGUAAAAGAAAUAAACAGUGCGAGCACAGCAGCAAUGGGGGGGUGGAGCUUCAACUAUUUAAACGUGCAGCGGUGCCCCCCCUGUAAUCGGCGGGGUUUGGGUGUGUAACACAGCGUAGUGAUGUCUGGAAGGAAACAGCAAGGCAAAGGGCAGCAUGUGCGCAGAGAAAUUCGCGGUGUUAACCCCUUUCCAAGACUAAAGGAAGUGAGCUUUAAAUUGAAAGAGGUUGCACUUAAUUGUCAAGUGCCUCUACAGAAAGAAGCAAAGAAACCUGCACAGCCCUUAACUGAACUCGUCUGUGUGAGGGAGCAGAUGAAACAGCAUUUCUUGGAAAUGAAGACCAGUAUAACAUUAAGAGAUCCAACAUUUGCUUGUGAAAUGUCAGAUCGCUCCUUGAAUGUCAGUUUAGAAACCUUCGAGACGCCUUAUGAAGAAGUUCUGUAUACGAUUCGUAACAAAGAUCUCGCGAUUCAUAGGAUGCAGUGUGCACGUGCGGUUUCACGUCAGAUGCAAAUAAAUGCGGAUGACCGGUGGCUAAUGUCCAAGCUGUUGAACUCCACUAUCGAUCUUUGCAAGACUAUCGAGUCUAUUCAGAAUAAAAACCGAGCACUGGAAUUAUCUGUCCUUCAGGCGCGUAAGAAGAGAUUAGAAUUGAAGGUUGAGCUCCGGGCUCGUAUGAAAGCAGUCCAGACGCAAGCCCAGCUGAAUGAGCAGGUUCAGCAGUUCUCAGCUGGCACUGAAGAUGCAGGCAGAGCACACCUGGAGCAGCAUUCCAAUGUGCUGGUCCUGAUUCAGGAAGUAUUCCGGAGGGUUAUUCUGGGUGCAGGCGUGCACUGGGCAGAAGAUCCGAAACUCCUGCGCGCGGUUCUGUGUAUGAAGGAUGCUUCCUAUCUUUGAACAAAUGCCCUUGCAUGUUGUCUAAAGGCCAUUUUUAUAUUGAAAUAUUUCAUUUUGAAAUGAUGUAAUAAAUUGAAUUAAAUA